CCGCCGCCCGGCGCCCACCUCCCGCACUGGCCGCGAGUAGCUGCGGUUUCUGAGAGGACGAUUCGUAAGCCGCCCUUGGCGCGGUUUGCUUGCGCUCUGCCUCCCGCGGGCCCCGGAGGCCGUCCCGGAGCGUCCAGUCCGCGGCCUGCUCGCGUCUCCCAGGACAGCCCUUCCGCUGAGACGCCUGUCGCUGAGCCAGGAGUGGGUUGUCGAAAGUGCCGGCCCCCGCGCCGGCUCCGGCUGCCGCCGGGUGGGAAGGCGCAAGAUGGCGUGCCUGCUGGAGACCCCCAUCCGCAUGAGCGUCCUCUCGGAAGUAACAGCUAGCAGUCGCCACUAUGUUGACAGGCUAUUUGACCCUGAUCCCCAGAAAGUUCUACAAGGUGUCAUAGACAUGAAAAAUGCUGUUAUUGGAAACAACAAGCAGAAAGCCAACCUCAUUGUUUUAGGAGCUGUUCCAAGAUUGUUGUACUUGCUUCAGCAAGAAACCUCGAGCACAGAGCUGAAAACGGAGUGUGCAGUGGUAUUGGGGAGUCUUGCUAUGGGUACUGAAAACAAUGUCAAGUCUCUACUGGAUUGCCAUAUUAUCCCUGCCUUACUACAAGGACUACUGUCUCCAGACCUGAAAUUCAUUGAAGCUUGCCUUCGAUGCCUACGCACCAUCUUCACGAGCCCUGUCACUCCAGAGGAGCUACUGUAUACAGAUGCCACAGUGAUACCACACCUCAUGGCGCUGCUUAGCAGAUCCCGCUACACCCAGGAGUACAUCUGCCAGAUCUUCUCACACUGCUGUAAAGGUCCAGAUCAUCAAACAAUUUUAUUUAACCAUGGUGCAGUUCAGAAUAUUGCUCACCUACUAACCUCAGUAUCUUACAAAGUUCGAAUGCAAGCACUGAAAUGUUUCUCAGUUUUAGCUUUUGAAAAUCCCCAGGUAUCGAUGACCCUCGUAAAUGUUCUGGUUGAUGGAGAACUGUUACCACAAAUUUUUGUGAAGAUGUUACAGAGGGAUAAGCCUAUUGAGAUGCAGCUGACAUCAGCAAAAUGUUUAACUUACAUGUGUAGAGCUGGAGCAAUUCGGACAGAUGACAACAGUAUUGUAUUAAAGACAUUGCCUUGUUUGGUUCGAAUGUGCAGUAAGGAGAGAUUACUAGAGGAGAGAGUUGAAGGAGCUGAGACUCUCGCCUAUCUGAUUGAACCAGAUGUUGAGCUGCAGAGAAUCGCUAGCAUAACUGAUCAUCUCAUUGCCAUGCUUGCUGAUUAUUUCAAGUAUCCCAGCUCAGUGAGUGCCAUCACUGAUAUUAAAAGGCUUGAUCAUGACUUAAAACAUGCCCAUGAACUCCGCCAGGCUGCAUUCAAGCUAUAUGCCUCCCUCGGAGCUAAUGACGAAGACAUCCGGAAGAAGAUCAUUGAGACUGAAAAUAUGAUGGACCGAAUUGUGACUGGCUUGUCUGAGUCUAGUGUCAAGGUGCGGUUAGCUGCCGUCAGAUGCUUGCACAGUUUAUCUAGAUCUGUGCAGCAGCUUCGAACAAGUUUCCAGGAUCAUGCUGUAUGGAAGCCUUUAAUGAAGGUCUUACAAAAUGCACCAGAUGAAAUCCUAGUAGUAGCAUCUUCCAUGCUGUGUAAUCUUCUCCUUGAGUUUUCUCCAAGCAAAGAGCCAAUUUUAGAAUCUGGAGCCGUAGAACUACUUUGUGGAUUAACCCAAAGUGAAAAUCCUGCUUUACGAGUAAAUGGAAUUUGGGCUUUAAUGAAUAUGGCAUUUCAAGCUGAACAGAAAAUAAAAGCAGAUAUCUUACGAAGCUUGAGUACUGAACAACUAUUCCGGUUAUUAUCUGAUUCAGAUCUGAAUGUGUUGAUGAAGACCUUGGGGCUUCUUAGGAACCUUCUUUCUACUCGACCUCACAUAGACAAAAUAAUGAGCACUCAUGGGAAGCAGAUCAUGCAAGCUGUCACCUUUAUUCUGGAAGGGGAGCAUAACAUUGAAGUCAAAGAGCAGACAUUGUGCAUCCUGGCCAACAUAGCAGAUGGAACAACAGCAAAAGAGCUCAUUAUGACAAAUGAUGACAUCCUGCAGAAAAUCAAGUAUUACAUGGGCCACUCGCAUGUCAAACUGCAGCUUGCUGCGAUGUUUUGUAUAUCAAACCUCAUAUGGAAUGAAGAGGAAGGGUCACAAGAACGGCAGGAUAAAUUGCGAGACAUGGGCAUCGUCGAUAUUCUACACAAACUGAGUCAGUCACCAGAUUCAAACCUCUGUGACAAGGCAAAGACGGCGCUGCAGCAGUACUUGGCGUGAUGGGAGUGCCUCCCUCGUCAUUGUCUAAGGAAGUACAGGAAGUAGCCUCAUUUGAUACCUUCUUUUUGCACAAGUCACCUUGGACUGCAGGGAGCUGUUUUGCAAAAGCAAUUUGGUAGGCUUAGGUCUCAAAUUCAUCUGGAGAACAUGUUUUUGGGUUUUGGUUUUUUUGUAGUAAUUUCUUCAGAGGACUAUUGUGUUUUGUUUUAUUUCCGAGUUACCUGGACUCUAUUAGAACAAUCAGUCAUUUCUUUUGGACCUACAAUUGUUUGCCUAUGCUGCAGCCACUUUGUGAGUGAGUGAGAGAGUGUGUGUGUGAGUGGUUGUGUGUGCUUGAGCACACACAUGUGGGUCAGUGAACGGGUGUGUGUGUGAGGGAUACCUCAGAUGUUUCUUUUCUUAUUUUGUGUGAAAAUCUCUUUUCUACAGAUUUUCCAAGGUUUAAGCAUCGCUUGCUGUAUAAAAGAAAAUAACUUUACUGAAUUAUAUACAGUUCAGAUGAAAUGUUAUUUUAAAAACAAAACAAUUGUUAAGUGUUCCAUAAAAGUUAUGUUGAAUUUUGGUCAGAUGAAUAUUUGUAAGUAAAGAAUAUAUGCAUUUCUGAACCUCAACUUACAUAGAUUUUCUUUAUAUAUAUAUAUAUAGAGAGAGAGAGAGAGAGAGAGUGUGUGAGAGAUAGAUAAAUAUAUAUUAAAAAAGGAGAAAGAACAGACUGUAAUAGGCCUGAUGACAGGCACACUCAGGGGUGCUGUGCAGAGUGGUGAGCUAGCAUCUCACUGCUGCCUAUGGCAGCAGGCACAGGGCCUCUGCCUAGCGUGGCCCAGUGAGCACCUGGGCCUCCAGUCGGGUGGAGAGGGCGGAUGGAGUGUGGCCACAGACUCCGCUCUGCACAUGGAAACAGCAGAGGGAGAAUUGUCCCCAUCAGCAGUGGAAAACAGCCUUGGCUUUCAGUGCUGCCCUGGGCAGAUUCUGGACACCAAAGGCCUCCCAGCCACCCUGCCUAACUCCUGUCACUGGUACAGCAGUGUCUGCAGGGUUUGGAACCAGCCAUGGAACCUUGUGGUCAAACUCAAGGAGAUCAUCACUUCCAAGAAACGAAGUCCAGUCACCACAUGCUUCCUGAAAUAGUAGAUAUCACUGUGAAACUAAAGAACGCGCCACAGACUCGCCUGUAGGAAGAAGCAAAGAAGACCACCACUGAGAAGGCUGUCCUUCUCCCCCCCCCCCCCCAAGAGCUGUACCCAGAAAAUCCCACACCAGUCUUUCAGGACUUCUACUCAGGGUGCUCCUCCAAAAUGAGAUGGAAAUUGAGUCCAGGAUGCAGCUAAGCUUUCCUCCCAGCUGAACCUCAAAGCACUGGAGUCUGAGGAGAGGAACUUCUGUCCCAUCGAGUACUGAGUACUGCGGGAUCAUUUGGUUGCCCUGAAGUCCUUGCCUGCUCCAGAUCCUGAGACAGCUUCCAGGGAAGCUCAUCAGGUAGCUCCCAAAUGGCACUGUUUCCCCUGGACCUGAGAGACCGUCUGAGGCACUGCAGACAGGAAGUAGGGGCUGCACCCAGGAGCUUGCUGAAGGCUUGUGCCCACCAGCCACUCCCCCAGGGGGCCGCUCACCUGCCACCAAACUGCUCUUUCCUCCUAGACUGAACUCUUCUUGUUUGCAAGUGAAUGUUUUUUUUAAUGUAUUUAAUGCAAUUUUAUCCUUCUGUUCUCAACAUGACCACCCAAGAUUCAAACAGA